AUGAAUGGAUUCAUAGCUGUUCAUUGCGGAGCGGGAUAUCAUAGUGAUUCAUUUAGAAAAGAAUAUCAAAGGACUUGUUAUGUUGCUUGUCGAAAGGCAGCUGAAGCGCUAUCACAAGGAGGAAAUGCGGUGGAUGCUGUUGAAAAAGCCAUAAUAGAAUUAGAAAACAGCUCAUUAACAAAUGCUGGAUAUGGAUCCAAUCUUAGUUGGGAUGGCCUAGUAGAAUGUGAUGCCUCCAUAAUGAACGGGCAAACUUUACAUUUUGGGGCAUGUGGUGCAGUAUCCAAUGUAUGGAAUCCAAUAACAUUAGCAAAACAACUUUGUAUUAAACAAUGUGAGAGUCUCUCUUUAGGAAGGGUACCACCUUGCAUUCUUACUGGGCAAGGUGCUAAAAUUUGGGCAGAAAGAAUGGGUUUACAAGUUGUUGAAGAACACAAAAUGGUGUCAAGCCGUGCCUUUCGUAACUAUAAGCAUUGUAAGAGAAAAUUAAAGAGAUAUUCUGUACAAAAUGAUUUAAAAUUCAGUCCAUUGGACACUGUGGGAGCUAUUUGUGUUGAUUCAAAUGGGGUUGUUGCAUCUGGAGCAAGUUCUGGAGGUGUUUCACUAAAGCAUGAAGGAAGAGUGGGUCAAGCAGCCUCCUUUGGAAGUGGUGUUUGGGCUGUUAUGAGCAGAGAUGGUGUAAAACCUUCAAUUGCAGCUUGUACUUCAGGAUGUGGAGAACAUCUUAUUAGGACACAAUUAGCUAAAAACUCAGCAGAAAGUUUACUGCAUACAUCUCCUACAUUAGGACUUGAUAAAUGUUUAAAGGAAAAUUUUCUAGAAUCACCUUUCUUAUGGGAUAUACCCGAAAGAUUGGGAGGCACUUUGGCACUUACUUUCAAUCCUCAAAUUGGAGAAGGUGAACUGCUUUGGGGUCAUACAACAAAAACUAUGUGCAUUGGAUAUAUGUCUACAGAAACUACAAAACCAAAGUGUGUCAUUUCCCACCUACCACCAAGAGUUGAAUCUGGUCAUAAGGCUGUUGUGUCUGGAGUACCAUUCAAAGUUUCUUUACAACCUGUUCCAGUAUUGCAGUGGGAAAUAAAGACUGAACCAAAUUUAAAUGGACACCUU